AUGGAGGAGUUCAGAGAAGGUGCAACAUUUCUGACCCCCUACAAGUUGCUUGCUACCUGCCAGGCCCCGGGAACCCAACGCGGUGUCAGAGAAGUGGGGUCCCCUACGAGGGACCAGGAGCUCCGGGCGGGCAGCAGCUGCGGAAGAGCCGCGCGAGGCUUCCCAGAACCCGGCCGGGGCGGGAAGACGCAGGAGUGGGGAGGCGGAACCGGGACCCCGCAGAGCCCGGGUCCCUGCGCCCCACAAGCCUUGGCUUCCCUGCUAGGGCCGGGCAAGGCCGGGUGCAGGGCGCGGCUCCAGGGAGGAAGCUCCGGGGCGAGCCCAAGACGCCUCCCGGGCGAUCGGGGCCCAGCGGCGGCGUUCGCAGUGGAGCCGGGCACCGGGCAGCGGCCGCGGAACACCAGCUUGGCGCAGGCUUCUCGGUCAGGAACGGUCCCGGGCCUCCCGCCCGCCUCCCUCCAGCCCCUCCGGGUCCCCUACUUCGCCCCGCCAGGCCCCCACGACCCUACUUCCCGCGGCCCCGGACGCCUCCUCACCUGCGAGCCGCCCUCCCGGAAGCUCCCGCCGCCGCUUCCGCUCUGCCGGAGCCGCUGGGUCCUAGCCCCGCCGCUCACAGUCCGCCCGCGCCUCCGGGUCCUAACGCCGCCGUUCACCCUCCGCUGCGCCCUCCCCGAGCGCGGCUCCAGGACCCCGUCGACCCGGAGCGCUGUCCUGGCGGGCCGAGUCGCGGGCCUGGGCACGGAACUCACGCUCACUCCGAGCUCCCGACGUGCACACGGCUCCCAUCCGUUGUCUUCCGAGCGCAGGGCCUCCCCUACCCGUGCUUUCUGCUCUGCAGACCCUCUUCCCAGACCUCCGUCCUUUGUCCCAUCGCUGCCUUCCCCUCAAGCUCAGGGCCAAGCUGUCCGCCAGCCUCGGCUCCUCCGGGCAGCCCUCGCCCGGGGUGCGCCCCGGGGCAGGACCCCCAGCCCAGGCCCAGGGCCCGCCCCUGCCCUCCAGCCCUACACCUUGACCCGCUUUCCUGCCUCUCUCAGCCUACCUGACCUUGUCUUUACCUCUGUGGGCAGCUCCCUUGUGAUCUGCUUAGUUCCCACCCCCCCUUUAAGAAUUAAAUAGAGAAGCCAGACACAAAACUACAGAUAUCGUAUGAGUCCACUUUUGUGAAGUGCCUAGAAUAGUCAAAAUUCACAGAGACAGAAGCAGUGGUCGCCAGGAAUGGGGAAGCAAGGCGGAGAUGGGCAGCUUGUGUUCAAUGGGUAGAGUUUCAGGCUGGGGUGAUGGAAGGGUGCUGGAAAUGAGUGGUAGCGGUGGCGGCGCAACAGUGUGAAUCUACUUAAUCCCACUGAACUGUAUGCUUAAAAAUGGUUUAGACGGUGAAUUUUAGGUUAUGUAUGUUUUACCACAAUUUUUAAAAAGCUAGUGAAAAGCUGGUAAAAAGAAAGAAAAGAGGCUUUUUUAGAAAGUUAAAUAUAUAAAAAGAGCAUCAUCAGUCCAAAGUCCAGCAGUUGUCCCUCCUGGAAUCCGUUGGCUUGCCUCCGGCAUUUUUGGCCCUUGCCUUUUAGGGUUGCCAGAUUAAAAUACAGGAUGCCCAGUUAGUUUGAAUUUUAGAUAAACAACGAAUAAUUUCGUAGCAUAAAUAUGUCCCAAGCUUAGUUUGGGACAUACUUAUGCUAAAAAACAUUAUUGGUUGUUUAUCUGAGAUUCAAAAUUAAGCAUUUUAUAUUUUAUUUGCUGCCUCUGGCCACCCUACUCUCUUCCUAACACUCUCUCCCUCUCCCAGUUUUGUCCGCCUUCCUUGCCUCCUCUUCUGGGGGAGUUAGAUCGAGUUGUAACAAGAACAUGCCACUGUCUCACUGGCUGCAGCGUGUGGUCCCCUUACCAGAGUGAGGAUGCGAAGAGAAGGUGGCUGUCUGCAAACCAGGAAGAGAGCCCUCACCAGGAACCCAUCCAGCUGCCACCUUGAACUUGGACUUCCAAGCCUCCAGAACUGUGAGGGAUAAAUGUAUGAUUUUAAAGUCGCCCAGUGUGUGGUAUUUUGUUUUGACUAAUACAACCUGAAAACAUUUUCCCCUCACUCC